AUGAGUCCUCCCGAAUCGGGCUGGUUCGAGGUUCGCGACAUCCCCAAUGCCGGCAGAGGUGUCAUUGCUCGAUGUGAUGUACCGGCAGGGACGCUGAUGCUCCAGAGCGGACCGCCCGCUUUUCACGUCGUCUUCAAGCUCUACGGUAAAGAGACCUGUGCCUAUUGUUUCCAUUGGGACCGCGGCCGUACGUUGCCGAUACGCGAUCAUACGACGGCCAAGGUAUUCUGUUCAGAGUCAUGUCGAGCGGGUUGGGCACAAGAGCAAGGAAAGGCUGGCGUUGAUGCAUGGCUGUGUUUGGCCGAUUUCCUGCGCGCAAGAGGCAGAGGGACGAAUGCAGAUGAAGAGAUGGGAGACGGGGCGAGGCCCCAGCCGGGCGAGAUCGAGACGGCGUGGCAAGAAGCAGAUAGGCAGGCCAAAAUAUUACGCGUGAGCCGUGAGUCGAAAACGCCUCAGUCGAAAUUGGAUCGCAAGGCCACGCUGGCGAUCAUGCGGAAGAUAGGUGAGGCUAUCGACAGCGACGUACUUUCUUACCUCCUGUGUGGUUUGCUGUAUCGCUACAAGGACCCCACAAGGUGGGCCGAUGAGGUGCUUAGCCUUGCCAUGGACGAUGAACCGUACAAGACCCAGAAGGACUUGGAGAGUAACUGCAACAGCUAUCUUCAGCUGGUGUCUGUUCUCCCCCUCGAGCUGCUCCCUCUUAUCACUCCUGAGCUAUGCCGGACCAUAGUACGAGCCGACAACCACAACGCCUUCGGCAUUCGCUCGGGAGGAGAGGACAGCGAAGAGUACAUGGGCUACGGUGUCUAUCCAUCUGCUAGCUACUUCAACCAUUCGUGCGCACCGAAUUUGAAGAAGCAGAGAGUCGGCAGGCAGUGGCAGUUCACCGCUGGGCUAGAUAUCAGCCUUGGCGACCAAUGCUGCAUCUCGUAUCUGGGCGGUGACGAAAGAGACAUGAACUUCGAAGAUCGUCAACGGAGGUUGAAGGAGGCGUGGGGAUUUGAUUGUGGCUGUGGACGAUGUACGGAUGAGAGGCCUGGUUGA